AUUAUUAACAAACUUACCGGAAUGCCGCCAGAGCGGAAUGCGAAUACUCUGAAGGCUUGUACGCAAACCAUCAGCGCCUUUGCUCACGUCCUCGGGAAAAAACGAUUUAUCUUCGUAGACACGCCCGAGUUUAAUCCAUCCACGCUUAGAGACGUAUCAAUGUGGCUGGCCUUGAUAUAUCGGAGGUCUGUCAAGCUUACAGGUGUGAUCUACACUUGGUGCAUAAGUGACAACGAAAUGUCGAAGUGGGAUAUCCACGCCUUCCAGAUUUUAGCUGACAUAUGUGGGAGAGAUGCCAUUGACCGGGUGCGGCUGGUAACCACCAUGUGGGAUGAGGUCACAGCCGAAGCUGGCACCACAAGAGAAAACGAACUGAAAAAAGUGGCUAUGAAACCACUUCUCGAUGGGGGGGCCCGCUACGAACGGUUGAACGGUACUCCAGAUUCGGCAUGGGCAGUUGUGAAGGACCUGGGGAACAAGAAAAAGGUGCUUUUGCUGCAAGAGGAGAUGGUUGGGAAAGGAAUUGACUUGUGGAAAACGUCUGCGCUGAAAGCUUGGAUGGCUCAUCCACCUAAGAAGUAA